ACCUUCUUUGUCAGUUCUACAUCAGAGAGAAACAAAGAGAGAGAAUAGGCCGUGAUUUGAAAGUAAAAUAGUUUCUGGAUGCAGUUUCUAUGUUGUGUGGACUGUGGAUGGGAUGUCCAGAUAGAAAGGCUAGUUAGUAGUUAACUCACCAUCACUAGGACACAGAUCAGGGCCGUAGAAUGAAGCAGGUUUUUAGCCCUCGAUGGCUGCUGAAGGGCGGAGGGUUCCAGGAUUUACAGGAAACAGAUAUCAUCUGUCAAUCUUGUCUCAGACCAUGAAUUACGUGGGUCAGCUGGCGGAGACGGUGUUUGUGACCGUUAAAGAACUGUAUCAUGGGCUGAAUCCGGCAACACUCACCGGCGGCAUCGACGUCAUUGUGGUUCGCCAGCCGGAUGGCAGUUUCCAGUGCUCGCCGUUUCACGUACGCUUCGGAAAACUGGGAGUCCUGCGGUCCAAAGAGAAAGUGGUAGAUAUUGAGGUCAAUGGCGAGCCUGUGAACCUGCAAAUGAAACUGGGAGAUAAUGGAGAAGCUUUCUUUGUGGAAGAGAAUGAAGAUUUUGAGACGAGGGUUCCCGCUCAUCUCUGCACCUCUCCGAUCCCCACUGAUAUUCCUGAAGUUUCUGAGGUCUCUGAAUCUCCCUUCAACAUCACGUCUUCAUCCAGUCGACGCAAGAAACGCCGCAGGAAACGGGCACGUUCUGACACGCACAUGGAUGUCAGUUCCUCCUCAGAUGAGAAAGAGAGUCUAGACCAGGAUGUCUAUAAAGAAGAAUCUCCUAUGGUGACAUGUAAGUCUAUAUACUACUCACUGUCAGAGGAACCUUGUGAAGAACAGUCAGGAGCUCAGAGCAGAGACGUGCACCCUCACUCUGAUGGAGAAUGCUCUGUUAAUGAGAGUACUGUGUUCUACAGUCGUCCCUCCUCUCCUAAGAGUGACUCUGAGUUGUUUAAACCGCAGGAGUCUGUAGGACCUCAAAUGCAGUGGAACUGGGGUGGUUUUCCAAAGGUGUGCCAGGCAAAGAGAGAUGAAUCUGAUGCCCUGUGUGAUCCACCCUCACCCCUCACGCCAUCUGGCCACUCCCACUUCCGGACAAUCCAUCGCCAAGCAUCUUUUGAGGCGGAGAUGACUGAUUCUACGGCAACAAUAACCGUAGUGAGACCAGAACCUCAGAUUGCUACGACCAACCCAGUCCCGUCUGAAGUUUACAAUUUGCCAACAAAUAACGUACAGCUGGACGUCAAGGUCAACGAAUCGCAUGUAGGGAACUUGCAGUCCGCAGAUGACUCUUUACCAUCGGCUUGGACUGCAGUGGAAACCAAAAAGACCAAAGACGAUGCAACUAUCACUGUUAGCAAUGCAGAAAAUGACGCCAAAAUGUCUAAUAUAUCUAGUGCUGCUAACAUUCAUGGAACCAAUUCUGCCAACAGCGUGACUAGUUUAGACAACGUGGUUAACAUAGAAAGCACAGAGGCCGCUAAUAGCAAUACUGCCGUGGUUGACUUCAAAAACCAAGCAAUUUCUUGUGUUAAUUAUAUUGAGACAUACACGGAUAAAGUUUUAGAAGCAGAAACUGUAAUAAACUUAUCAGUCACAAUCACUUCCGCACAAACUCCCUUUAGCCAAAGUUCUCCCGAAAAACUGUCACUCAACACGGGACAGCCAGAUGAGGAUGCGGGUCUAGAGACCUUGCUAACCAAUCAGAAUGCUGAUAGUGAUGGAUUGACUGCAGCUGUGGAAACUGUCAUCAAUUCAGAAGAUCAAUCGGUUCUCGUUGAGUCAGUCUCAAAAGCAUCAGACUCUCCGGACAAGAGGAAAGUCAAGCGGAGUCAUCAUUUGGGACCAUCAGAUAUUUAUCUUGAAGAUCUGUCCACUCUUAACCCUGAGAUCGCUGCCCUGUACUUCCCUAAGAGUGAGGCAGAGUCGGAACUCCGCACAAAUCAUCCACCCGACCCGUCUCCUCCCUCGGAUCAGCCAUUGUCGCUGGCCAGCGCAAACACGGACAGCGGCACAGAGUAUCUGUCCGACUCAACGACAGACACGCUGGACGUCACCAUGUCCCUGUGCGGAAGAGGAGACAUCAGCCAGAUCAGUAAAGAGAAAUUCACAGAACAACUGGUCAAGUAUCAAGACUUUGUCAGCAACCCUGGAAUUGUCGAAGAUCCAAACCUUGUCAUCUGCAUCAACUCAAAGUAUUAUAACUGGGCAGUAGCUGCUCCAAUGAUUCUGUCAGUUCAAGCUUUCCAGAAGAAUUUACCAAAGAGCACCGUUGAGAAACUAGUCAAAGAUAAGAUGCCAAAGAAAUCUGGCCGCUGGUGGUUUUCCUGGAGGAGAAAAGAAAUGAACAAUAUUGAGAGAAGCUCAAAGCUAGUGGAAAACCAACUGGAAGCAUCUGCCUCUGUCACUGGACCCUCUACACUGAACAAAUGCUCUGUUGAACUCUCGAGUGACGACGACGGUUCUGUCUCUGUGCGCCAGAAGAGUGACAGUAUGAACACAGCACAGUGCAUCAGUCAGAUGUACCUUAAAUCACUGCGACUGACCUCUGAACAGAUUGAGGGUUUGAAUCUGCGUGAGGGAGCUAAUAAGGUUGUUUUCAGUGUGACGACACAGUAUCAGGGCACCUGCCGCUGUGAAGCCGCCAUUUACCUCUGGAACUAUUACGACAAAAUCAUCAUCUCAGACAUCGAUGGGACAAUCACAAAGUCAGAUGCACUAGGUCACAUUUUACCACAGCUGGGGAAAGACUGGACUCAUCACGGCAUCGCCAAACUAUAUCACAAAAUACAUCAGAAUGGCUAUAAGUUCCUGUACUGUUCAGCUCGAGCUAUAGGCAUGGCGGAUAUCACUAAAGGUUAUUUACAGUGGGUGAAUGAUAGAGGAACUGAAUUGCCUAAAGGACCUGUGCUACUGGCUCCCAGCAGUCUGUUUUCAGCACUACACAGGGAGGUAAUUGAGAAGAAGCCAGAGGUUUUUAAGAUCGCUUGUCUCACUGAUAUCAGAGAUCUCUUCACUCCCGUCGGACAGCCAUUCUACGCCGCCUUCGGCAACAGAACUAACGAUGCUUAUGCAUAUAAGGAGGUUGGUGUAUCAGAGAGUCGUAUAUUCACUGUGAACCCAAAAGGAGAACUCAUACAGGAAAAGACCAAAGGCAACAAGUCCUCGUACUCUCAUCUAAGCGAGCUUGUGGAUCACGUCUUUCCCUUCAUCUUUAAAGACCCAACCACAUCCUUCGACUGUCCAGAGUUCAGUCAUUUCUCAUUCUGGAGAGAGCCGUUACCUCCGGUGGACCUCACUGCCUUGAUCUAGACCUAAUAUAGAUUUUUACAUUUUGGGUAAACUAUUCCUUUCAAACGCAGCCAAACGCUUGCUGGUUAGUGAAUGUACAGUCAUAAUGUCAUAACACUACACUGAGCCUCUUUCUCGUCAUUUGAAAUAAUUAAUACUCCGAUAAAACUGUUUUACCCCUCAUUCAGUACUGUUCUAAUGCCAUUGUGUGCCUACAGAUAAACUUGUGGACUUCCAUUACUGUCAGCAGAGCUGUGAUUAUUAAUGUACCUUCAUUUCAAGUUCUUUACCAAAUAAUGGCCUAUAAAGGAUUCAAGGGCUUUUGUUUUAUUUGUAUUUUUAUAUAUUUACUUCUUAGGAGUGGUUACUGUAAGAGUUUGAAUCUGAUUUUAUCAGCAUAUUUAAUGCAGCUAAAUUGUGCCUUUAUUUAUUAAGAGCAUUCAAAUUGUGCUAAAACGAGGACAAUCUACAUUAAUUUGGCUUCCAUUUGUUGUAUACAAGGACGGUAAAACAAUAAAAACAUUUGUGUGCAAUCAAUGACCACAUUUGGGCAGUUGUGUUUUAUUUUUAUUUUUACCCAAGUACACCCGAGUUUUUGUUUUCUCAACUUAAAGGUG